UUAAUGAAAGAAGGACUCCUGAGCUUUUAAAAGUAAACAGAACUGCUUCUGUGAAGGAGUGCAUCUAUGGCAAGGAACAAGGAAAUAAUUCAAGGAUACGAGGCAGCACAUCAAGAACGUUUGGUGUCUGUAGUGUGUUGUCAUUUCUACAGAAUUCUUAUGAGCACAGUGCCUCUUGGGGCACCAACAUGUCAGAGAAACCAAGAUCACGAAGAAGAAAUGUGGCGUCUGCUUUGUCUUCAGGAGGGAAGGCAUAUUUGUGUUCAGCUUUUCGUUGUAAGCUGUCGUUCCCCAGUAUGCAAGCUCUUGUGGAUCACCUGAAAACCCAUUACAGACCAACUCAGUCACUUGAUGGGAAGACAUUUCAGUGUUCAAACCUUGGAUGCAAGCAGUCAUUUUCCAGCAUGCAGGACCUGAUGAAUCAUGCAGCUGUACACUACAAACCAAACCGAUAUUUCAAAUGUGAAAACUGCAUGGUACGUUUUCGAACACACAGAUCCCUCUUUAAGCAUCUCCAUGUUUGUUCAGAUGUGUCAAACAGCACUUUGCCAGACAAAAUAGAAAAAAAUGUCCCAGCAUCUCUCUCCAAUGCUGCUGAUGACUCUGAAGAAAAGUUGCCCAUUUCUGAAGAAAUGCCAAAACUGCAGCGUAUUACCAGUCAAGAUGAAAAGGAUGAGAUAUCUUCUGCAGGCAUGGACAGUGUUUCUACAAAACGAUUAUCUGAAACCACCUCACUUCAAGAAGGGAUAUCAUCUCUUGAUAAAUUUUCUUUGACAGUCGUCUCUGGAGCUACUGAGAAUUUUCCAGUGUUAGAUUCGUCAUUGUUUGGACCACCAGCACUGACCAGAAUUUCAGGGCAACCUAACACUUCUAUGACUGAACCCUUACUAUCUUAUGCACAGUCACCCUUCAGUGUGCCCCAAACAGCAGCUGUUCAGCAGCGCCUCAAACCCUACCUACCCAAUCAAGACCUUCCGAUCUCUAAUGCAGUUUGGAAGAAAAACCAAGGCCAUUCAACUAACAGCCGGAUACUCUGGGAGCACACACGGGAUCAGUACAAGUGUAUGCAGUGUCCAUGUAUAACUGCUUCCCGAGAAGAGAUGACAGUACACAUCGAGGAACAUCGGAAAAACCCAACGAGCAGGAUGCAGAGUGAGAUGGACUUUGGUACUGCAUUGGCUCCUUUGCACUCCAAGUUAACACCAGAAGUGGAAAGUUCCCUCUAUUCUCAGAUCUGAAAAGAGUUUAUCAUAUGAAAUAUGAUAAGGGUGAAAAGUAAAAAGGAACUGUAUAUUUUUAAAACAGCAAACAUUAAUUCAGACAGUCUUUAUCUUUUCUCUGUUUGUUCUGUAGACUUCUUUGUUUUCCUAUUUUUGUAGUGUUCACUAUCUUGAGUUUUUUUGUUAUAAAAAAUAGUAGCUUUGAGUAGGCAUCAUGAGUUCAUCAUGGUGUUUUUAAAUAGAAAAAUGUUGUUAACCUGGUCCCAAAAUGUUAAUGAUGUUAUGAUGUAAGAUCAGCAGUUAAACGAAAAAUAAUGCAUCAGUUAGAGGGGCUGCACUUAGAAUCAUGUUUGAUUAAAAAAGUGGAGUUGAAUGGAUACUUUGUAUGCAUUUCUGUGUAUUAUAAAAAGAUAUCUUACCUUUA